AUAAAUACAACAGAAGAAUGUACACAAAAACGCUGCCGCUGCCGGCGCUACUGCUGCUACUGUCGCUGCUGCAACCAUUGCCAUUGGUAUUCGCGGGCCUACAGAAGGACUUUAUCAGUGUAGAGCAGACGCCAACGUUUGCCGAAACGCAGCAGGCGCAUCAAAACGAACAGCUCAAGUUAAUGCAAUACUUGAAUUUCGUGCCAGCAGCCAUAGACUUUGGUAUAUGGUCGGUGGGGCAAACGGUAACGCAUACAGUGACGCUAUUUAAUCAGCACACAAACCGCAGUGUGCAAUUAAACGCGGUGACUGGGCCAAGCCCCAUAUUCUAUAGCAGUUUCCUGGGCACACGCGAAGUGCCGCCACAGGGUAACACAACAUUCAGUGUGGUAUUUUUGCCGCGUCAAAUAGGUGCCAUAUCAACGGGGCUGCUCAUCCAAACAUCCUUUGGACGCGCCGAAAUCGAGGUGCGCGGCGAGGGCAGCGAAUGUCCAUAUCGCCUCAAGCCACUGGUGGGAAUUAAAGCGCCCAUGAAUGCGACGCUUACGCCCGUUAUACACAUGUAUAAUCCACAUGCGCGACCGCUGCAGAUAUUAGAGAUCUACAGCAGCGGCGGCGAGUUUCAGCUGGAGUUACCCAGCGGCGGCUCGGAGGGCCCGCAGAAUCUGUGGCAGAUACCGCCGCAUUCCUUAAAGCCAGUCAUACGCUUAUCGUUUCAUGGCCGCACCGCUGGCAACCACAGCGCCUACAUUCGCAUUAAAAUAGCUGAGCAAACAGUUAGCGAUGUGGACGAAGAUGGUGACACAAUUCUGCAGCUUCACAACGAGCAUGUACUAGUCAUACCCGUGGAGUUUGAAAUACUGCCCAAUCAUGGAGUCUAUGCGCGCAAUCCACUUGCAGACUUUGGACGCUUGGCCACAGAACCGCCGCAUGGCGAAACGCUGCGCUUCAAACUAGAGCUGCAAAAUGCACACAGGAUAAAAUUUCUCCUGAACAAUCAUGCUAUACCAGGAGUCACGUACGACACACAGAAUGCUAGCAUCGUCAUUGAUCCCACGUACUAUGAGCAGAGUACGAGCAUCAAUGAGCUAAUGUUAUUACACACAGCCAGCGGCAUGCAGUCAUUUACAGUGCUGGUGCGCGCCGAGAUUUACAAAGGUGGUCUGGGCUGGGAUAAGAACGCCACGCGCUUCAUUACUACCGAGGAGGCAGCGGAGUUGACGCUGCCGCGCGAACUCUCGCUACAAAAUCAUUUUGAGUUGCCACUGCUUGUGCUAAACUAUAGUCUAAGUGCAGACUUGGAUCCAGCGCUGCUGGAACUGCGCCUAAUUGAUGAGUUGCCACUGCUGCUAUUGCCGGGCGCCAAGCUGCCUUAUCUGCAGCUACGUCUGCUGGAUCCGCACGCAUAUUUCGACGCCAAACUGCGCAUUGCGACCAAUGUUAGCGUCUUUGAGCUGCCUUUGGCCGCUUGCAAUGGACGCUUGCAUGUGACUACACAGCCCUUUGACUUGGACUUGCAGCGUGACUUGAGCGCCUACAAGCUGGAGCUAGAUUUGGGCACAGUUCCCUUUGCAGAGUCCUCGCACGAUGGACAUAUCAUCCUGCGCAACGAUAAUCCGCUGCCCAUUAAGCUAACCAAUUGGAAUUUCAAACUGCCCAAAGGCGUUUACUUUCAAACCACAUUUCUGGGCUGCGUGUCCAAUGUCAGUGUGCUGCUCGAGAACGACACAUCGAUGCAUAUAUGCGGCCAGCUGGAGCCAGGCGAUUUGGCUGUCUUCAGACUCUCCAUACAAAGCUAUGUGGCGGAGCAGAGCGCGGGUGUUCUAAAGGUCUGGACACCCUACGAGCUCAUACGCGCCAGCGUGCGCUUUCGCGCUUCAGUGGGUCAGCUGGACAUAGAGCAGCAGCAGCUGCAGUUCAAGUCCUGCUUUCCCGGCAAAGUCUGCUCGGCCGUGUUGAGCAUCCGCUCCAGCUUUACGCAUACCGUGCAUGUCAAAUCCGUCAGCUUCACACGCGUUGGCCUGCGCUUUAAGGACUUCAAUGCCAAGGGCACCACCAUUGCACCGCAGACGCUGACCAAAGUGGGUCGCAUUUACUUUGAGCCGUCGGCUUUGUGUGGCAGCACUUGCUAUAUACGCCCCGGCUUCGAUGAACGUGCCAUCUUUCCCAGCUUGGCCGUGGGCGCCAGACCCAACAAUAAUCUGCUCUACGAUGGCGUCGAGGUGCGACAGCGUACUGAGCUUUAUCGCAAGCUCAAGCGUCAGCUGCAGAGCCUUUCGCUAACGCUGCACAGUGAUGAGCUGCCACCCAUGGAGCUGGACUUUGCCAUAGCGCUAGAGUGGCCCAAGCUGGUGCAACAUCAACCGCUGCCGCCUACGCCCGCCAUUGAAGUGGGCCAAGUGCAGCGUCAAUGGAUUACCAUCAAAAAUCCCUCCAAUCAUCCACUGCUGCUGGACUAUUAUCUCUCGGAUCCGGCAUAUGCCAAACGCACACAGCUCUCGCUGCCCCAUGAGAUUAUCGAUGUCAGCAGCAGCAGCUGCUAUCUGACGGACAAGCCCGUCUUCUCGCUGCCCGACCAGGUUUUCACCAAACCAAUGCUCCUCGAGCCCCACGGCACCGUCACCAUACCCGUGCAGUUUAGCGCCUAUCAGCCGGACAAGUACUGCACCUUGCUGCAUGUGCGCAGCAAUCUGACGCUAUACGAAGCGGUCUGGCUAACUGCACGCUCGGUUCUCUCUCAAUUCCGUUUGGGCAAUCGACGUCCUGGCUCGAGCAUGCCGCUGCUCUUUGACUUUGAUGCGGAGCAAUUUGAACGCUGCGAUGGCACUUGGCCUGCUGUGCCAGACGAUGACUCUAGUCACACGGUCGUCACCAGACGCAGCUUUACGGCUCGCAACGCGGGCAUUUUGCCGCUGCGAGUGGACGGCUUCAUCAUCGGCAGGCGUCCAUGCGAGUCUCAUGGCUUUAGGGUCCUGGACUGCCACAGCUUCGAGCUGCAAGAGAACGAGACACGCAAGAUCGAGAUAAGCUACAGCGCCGACUUUACCGCUUCGCGCGUGCAACGCACACUGACGCUGCUGACCAAUCUGAGCUAUGAGGUGCAGUAUACACUGUUGGCCCAACUGCCUGCAGAGAGUGUGGAACGUUGUGCGGCCAGUUUGCCGCGUCCCACCUGGGAGCCAUCGUUGCGCAAUGCGGCGCUGGUGGUGCUGCUGGUUAGCUUCUGCCUGGUGCUACUGGCGGCGGUGUUUGAUGCACGCGCCAUUCUGGCUCAGCAGAAUGCGUACGAUGCAGCGCGUUAUAAGGCAGCCGUGCAGCCCACGUUCAAUUUGCGCAACAUAGUGAAGCAGCAGGUGGCCGAGGAGCAGGCGGCAGCGGCAGCAGCAUUAAAGGCUGAGCAGCAGGCGCAGAAACUGCGCAAUAGUCAAUUAAAGGAUUUACGCAAACGCACAACGCUUCAGAGCACACGAAAAGCCAAAACAGCUUGGGCACCCUGGAGCAUGGAAACGACAAUGCCAGUAGCUACGACGCAAUUGACGACGACUCCAUUGACCACAGCGACAUUGACAACGACGCUAUCGACGACAACAACUUUAACGACGACUGCAUUAAUAACGACGCCUGGAACGGCGACGACAUUAACGCCAGCCAAGCCGGUCAGUUCACCCAAGCCCAGCAAGAAAUUGCAGACAACGCCGCCAAACGUAACACGCAGAGAAGUGAAGAAAGUCAAGUCCUCGCCACCUGUAGCUGUUGCUAUCAGCAAGCCCAAAGUGGAGGCCACACCGCCACCCGAGUUGCCGGAAAAACGCGUGCCGCCUCCCGAAUUGCCAGAGAAACGCGCGCCGCCCGAGCUAACAGAGAAACGUGCGCAGUCCGAGUUACCAGAGAAACGCGCGCACGCGCUCGAAUUGCCAGAAAAACGCGCUUUGCCCGAAAUCACAGAGAAACGCUCGACACCCGAGUUGCCAGAGAAACGAGCGCUGCCAAAAACGCAGAUUAGUCCUCCACAGCAAGAAAAUGUUAUUGCACGCACGCCCAAAUUUACGCCCGAGCCCAGCAAGGAGCGCGUGCUGAAGGAACAAAACGGCAGCGCCAAGAAACUAGGCAAAACCCCUGGACGUGAGCGACGCAAGGAACCCAAGCCGUGCACUAGCAAGAAACCCAACACCUUGGAACGUAAGCCCCGCAGCAAGCAGCUCAACUUUAAUGUUUUGACGCUGGAUGAGAGUGCAGCUGCCACGCCUCUUACGCCCGAACUGGAAUGCAAUGAUAUGAUCACCUCGCCAUGGGAGACCAGCAGUCGUGUAUCCUUUAGCGAUGUGCUGCAGACGAAGACGACGCAGCCGGCUGUAGAACAAACCAUGAACGGGUAUCAGUGGCAGACUAGUGGAGAUUUGGAUUUGGAUUUAGACUUGGCAAGCACACAGCUUGGACCCAUCGGCAGCCGCAAGAACUGGCAGACAAUGACGCAGAACGAAACGCACACAGACACGCUUUUUGCAGCGCCGACAACACCGCCCAAGGCAACUUCAGAUUUGCCUAUGCCUGGACUUAAUGAACUCUGUGACAGUCUCUUCGAGCACCAGCAACAGCAGACGCGUGCACAGUGGGAACACCAGGAAGUGAUGCGUAAGCAGCAGCUGCUGUUGGAUCAGAUGGAGCAGCAACGCAAUCAGCAGCAACAGCAGACCAAAAUCAGCGAACUGUUGGCCAAUAUGGAGCAAAGCAAUUGGUCAACGAAUACAGUCAGCAGCAGCAACAAUGCUUGGUCGCCCUUGGGCUACACCGGCUGGUCAGCAACGCAACCAGAAACGCGCAAUUCACCCGUCAGAGCUCCAGGAAAUGCCAUACGUCCGCCGCCUGGCCUUGAGGCAAAUUGUAAUGGGUUGGCUACAUCAACAAAUGGUUAUCAUAUCGAUCUACUCAACGCACAAGAGGAGUUGCCUAUGGCACCGCCCACACAGUACGAUCCGUUUACUUCGCCCAGUUCCAUCUGGUCGGACACCUGGCGGCAGAACAACAAUUAUAUGAACUGAAAUAUUUGAAAUCCCAAAGCUCACUGAACAAAAACAAAACUAAGCAACCAAAUGAAAUUCUUACUCUCUAGACUCUAGGUUAACAAAUACACAAACAAACAAACACACACAUACACACACACACACACACACAUUAAAAACAUUUAAA